UCUUUGCCUGUUUGACAGGUCAUAUUGGUUUUGGGCACAGCCCACUGAAUUAAUAUGACUGCAGUUUCAUAGCAGUGUGAUAUCAGUUCGCUGUGUCUGUCUCCUUAUCUGAGGUACACUUUAGACACAAAUCAAUCACAUGACUAUUUUUAAGCGAUGAAAGAUACUUGUUUCGUUGUUCUGCUACUUUGCAUCUCAAGUUUCUUCUCAGUACAAGCUGAUGAAUGCAUAGUCGGAGUGAUUGGGGAGCGCGCCAUCCUUCCCUGUGUUUAUAAUGGGGUAAAAAAUUUGACUUUACUCCACAUCUCAUCUGAAUGGAAAAGAGGAAUGGAAAUAGUUCACACUGCAUUCUGGAUGGAGGGAAAAGUGGAGAUGCAAAAUGUGUCCCACAGUAACCGGACUACUGUGUCAUCUUUGGCUCCAAAAACUGGAGAUUUCUCAGUGGAGUUACAUGAUAUACAUUUAUCAGAUGCACACAAUUACAGUUUUAAUCUUAAGCUUCUGGGUCAAAAUAGAAGCUCUCUGGUCUGCACUGUCUGUCUCACCAUAGCAGGUCAUUUCAGCCGUCCUACUCUACUGAGAGCGAAUGGAGUGUAUGGUGCAGAAACCAGCUUGCUUUGCAAUUCUUUAGGAGGAUUUCCUUCUCCGUCCAUCUACUGGCUUGUCAACCACACGCAGCGUCCUCCAGAAACGUCAGUCACAACAUAUAUGACUACUCUACCUCAGUCUGAACUCUACAACAUAACAACUGUUCUAUCUAUCAACAUCUCAGUGGACACUGCUGUAUCCUGUGUUAUAGAAAACAAGCUGCUGAAUGAAACUUUAAAGGCAACAAACUUUGUUUUUUUGUCAAGGAAGUCAGAGAGACGGUUGUCAGAGCACAUAUGGGUCUUCAGCGCUGCUCUGUGUGUGGUUGUUUCCUUACUGGUGGCUACAUCUCUAUAUUUCCAGAAGAAAUGGGACCGAGAUCAAAAAAGAAAGCAACACAGAUGUGGAGGUACUGAAGUGCUGUUUAUUUACGGAUCUAACGGUGUGAUUUUGUUAUAUGACUCUCAUUCCUUUGUGUUGCAGAUGAUUCAUGUUGGGAGGGCACUGACAUGAUCGUGUUUGAUUUGAAGCAAUGGGCUUCCAGUCCUGAGACUGAUGUGUAACAUGGUUUGGAAAGGCAUUCUGGGUUGACACGACUAACUUAUGUCAUUUUUAUUAAUUGUGAUGGACUGGAAGUGAUUCUGUUUCAUUUCAGAGGAUGAAUCAUCUUGAGCCGGUACAGACUUCUUUCGAGGCCACUGAUUUAUACAAUUCUUUCACUGAAUAGCCUCCCUUUUUCCAUACGAUCGGCUAAACAAAAGACCUGCAACUGCAUACAGUUGCAUAACGCAAAGAAUAUUAAUGUAUCUAUUUUCAAAAUACAGAGAUGAACAGUUCAGGAACUCUUUCUUAGUAAAUAUUUAGACAAGUUACACAUACACUCACAUCUAACAUUUUUAGACCAUGAUAAAUAUCCACGACAUGCUAUGUUGUUGGGAAAGAGCUCAAAACAACUUUCAUAACUUUACCCGUUUAACCUGAAGUAGUUAGACAGGCUGGAGCACAAAUGCAGAUGAGUUACUGUAAAAGUCAUAUAUAUUACCAUCAUGUCAUUCUCUCUAUUAUCCAUUGAGGGGUGAUGUUGAGAAUAAAUAUAAUUAAAAUAUAUUCAGCAGCACGGGAUGUGGCAUAAAGACAAUUUUAACACCAGAUUUUCUUAUAUAAACAUACUUGCCUUUUAAUCGCUGUGUAAUAGUUUCACUAUUGUAUCAAAGUCAUUGUAAAUAAAAGACCUACGAGAGACAGAAAUCAAAACUUGUAUAUAAUUACUCUGAGGCUCUAGUUUGUCAAUAGUUAAAAU